AUGAGUGUGCUGCGUUGCCUCAUGUUCUUAAUUUUCGGAGCACUGCUCCUAAGAAAUGCAGCGUCUGAAGAUAAUAAAUCCCAGGACGACAAGGAGCAACAACAUCAUCUGCCUGAUGAAGUGAAAAAUUUAGACGAAUCUGUGGAACGCAUACGACGACAGAUUGGAGCCUUUGGUUAUGGCGUUGGUGUUUUUGGAGGAAGGCAACUGGCACAUAUUGGUAACCCCUACUAUGGUGGUCAAUUUGGCAAUCCCUACUUUGUUCAGCCCUAUGGUCAUUAUUUCCAUGAUCGGAGAUUUGGAGGCAACUACGGAGGAGGUUUCGGUGGAAAUUUCUACGGACGCUAG